CAGCGCUGGGGUUAUAGUGGCACAAAUGGAGGUUCAGUCUUUGAUAAUAGUAGCUAUGUAGGAUCAAUAUUAGCUAAAUAUAAUCAUACAUUGGCGUUAUACUUCCAUGGUUACCCCCCCAAGAGCUGAGCUAGCGAGCUAACCGCUACGUGUGCACUACAUAUCCCAGGGAGCCACGGGACUGUCAGUGCCGUAUCCAGGAAGUUGCUUUUGGUUGUCAAGCAAACUUUUGCUUGAAAGCAAAGUGUCUUCAGUCUGUAAAAUGUAGAGACAUUUUAUAGUCUACAGUUUCCCACAACAGGUAGAGGAUGAGUUGCUGUCACGCAUCUGUGCCCCAGGAGGUCCGGCCUGGCACAGCACGGGUCCUAGUGACUGAGCUGAGUGGAUCAGGUCACAUCAACCCAACUCCUGCCACAAAACCCUGCGACGACUCUGAAACAGCAGUGGAGCCUUACCUGUCUCCAGAGAAGCUGGAAUCACUGUGCGGAACUGGGGACCUCUCUCAUGUGACGUCGCUGGAGAUCUGUGUAAACACACAAGAAAACACACUGGGUAACUUUGGUGCCUACUUGCCCAGACUGGUGAAGCUCAGAAUGAACAACAGCAUGAUCAUGUCAGUAAGAGACCUGGGAACCACCCUUUCCCACCUGCAGGUGCUGUCGAUGUCUUGCUGCUCUCUACAAGACUUAGAUGGCAUUUCUACUUUCUUCUCCCUCAAGGAGUUGUACGUGGCCUAUAACAAUCUGUCAGACCUGAGUCAGGUUGGCAUGCUGGAGAACCUGCAACUGUUAGAUCUGGAGAGUAACGAUGUGGAUGACCUGGUCCAGGUUCAGUAUCUGGGGCUGUGUGCCAACCUCCAGACACUCAUCCUGGAGGGAAACCCUGUGUGUUUGUGCCCUAACCCCACUGCCCCCCAGACGGCAGACUAUGGUUAUCGGGCUGCAGUGAGGGAGUUAGUCCCUCAGCUGUGUUACCUAGACGAUUUAAGGGUUGAAGAGGACGGGCGUAGCAGCAGCACCACCAUGGGAGAAGACUGGGCCAUUCUCCGAAACUACAUUAGAGACUCCACUCAGAAAGCUGCUGAAGACGAGGAAACAGCAGACGAUGCAUGUUCGUAUGGCAGACCCGCCUCAGUCAGGCGCCCUGCCUCCAGCCGCUCCUGUGUCUGGCCCCUCUCCACACCCCACACUGGCUCCAGACCUGUGUCAGCGACCAGGCCUGGAGUUCUUUCCCCUCCUGGAUCCAGACCUGGUUCUGCAGAAUCAGAGCUAGCCACAGUGGCAGCAGAAACCAGCGCUUUGACGCAUGGAGCUGGCAAGAUCCUGUUCUGUGGAAACCCGGUCCAGGCUAUUCGAGCAAGGCGAGAAAAGUUGAGGACAGCACCCACCAGGUCUGCUUACACACCCCGUGACCUGCCCAUCCAUGUGCCAGAACACACCUACGACCUUGAGGAGUCUGAUGUUCAAGAACGCGUCGAUGUGCUAGCAGAGCUGCGAGCUUGGAGGGAGCAGCACAGCAGGCGUCUCCAGUCCAUAGAGAAAGAAAGAGCACCACAGGUUCUGGCUAUCCGGUACAGUGAUGAAGAAGAGGGGGAAGACGAUGAAGAAGAAGGAGGUUUUGGUGGUGUGAGGAGUGAGGAGAGUAGUGAUGAAGAAAGUGAAGAGGAGAGGCAUGACGACAGCUUCGAUACUGCCUCACCAGACUCGUCUUUCCUGUCACUUUCCCCAGACCUUCAUCACAGAGAGGCCUUGUCUCCUGAAGUAGCUCGACUGUCCCUCUCUCCAGACACUGGCCUGUCCCCUUCCCCUCCUCUCAGUGCCACAGCAGCCACUGGAAAUCACAAGCCACCAGGGAUCCGGGCACGAAGGCUUCGCAAGACCAGCUCACCACAUUUACCUGAUUUAAGCAGAGUAGGUUGCCUCCGUAGGACAACCGCAGAAGACACAGUGCCGACUUCCCAGAGGGUCCAGCAGGUGACCAAGACAGAUCUGCCUGUGUUGCCCUUGCCUGCACACAUACCCCGCCCACCUCCAACAGCUCACCUGGGGAAAGGCCCCAUGGAUCCCUGUUCAAAUAUGGACAGUACAAGAUCAGAUGCACGGUCUCCCAGCAUGCAUCCUCUAACUCCUCAGAUGUCCAAACCCCUGGACAGACCGCCAAUUAGUCGUCCCCACACAGCCAGGGCAGCCCUGCAGAAACAUCACAUGCACCACAAACCCCAGCCCUGCAGAGGGAGCUCACACCCAGACUGACCCCAGAAUUGGCACAUAUUUGGUGAUCAGUAUUGUGAUACUGUUACAUACCUUUAAAUAACAGAGUGGUAGCAUAAUGGCCAUUGAGGGGGAUACCACACUUUUCAUAAGAUAACAUUACCAGGCCAACAUCCAGUGAACAUAUAUUGCUUUAAUACAAGUAAGAGUGUAACUGAAGGCCAUGCUGGGAUAAUCCCUCUAAUUCUGCAGAGCUGCUGGUUUACUCCUGGCUGGAUGAAGAUGUGACUAAACCCUCCCAUUUGCAGUUCUCAGGUUGAAAUAUUGAAUGAUUAUAACUCAAAUGCUACCUUGUCUUUUACAGAAUUAAAAAAAAGUCUUUAUUUGACUUUGGAUUCUCUACUUUCAUUAAAACUGAGCCGAACGGCUAAUGUAAUCUA